UUCCCCCCUGAACGCCCGUUUCUCUGCACUUUCACAGUGAAACAGGAGAGCCUAACGUAUCUAGCUAGUCUGAGAGUUAUCUUCACCAUCAUGGUUGAGCAGUUUAUCGGAACCUGGACUCUGACUGCCAGCGAGAACUUUGAUGAAUACAUGAAGGCGAUCGGUGUGAGCUUCGCCACCCGGCAGAUAGGAAACAUGGCAAAGCCUAACUUGGUGAUCAGCGUGGAUGAUACCGGGCUAGUUUCACUUAUGUCCGAGACUACUUUCAAGACCACGGAGAUAAAGUUCAAGCUGAACGAAGAAUUCGACGAGACUACAGCAGACUGCCGAAAGACCAAGACCAUAAUCACUUUUGAGAAUGGAAAACUUGUGCAGCAACAGACUUGGGAUGGAAAGAAAACUACUCUAGAACGAGAGAUUCAAGAUGGAAAACUAACAGCUAAAUGUAUCAUGGAGGACGUGGUUGCAGUGAGGACCUAUGAGAAAAAAGCGUAAUUAAACCUCCAAAGUGGGUUAGACUUGACCCCCCUGAGCUACUGUUAAACAUGUCAAUAAAGUCUGAAGUUCACUGUAAACUGA